CGAAUCGCUUGGCGGUUCCUGUUUCUGUACGACUUUUGUUUUGGUUUUCUUUGUCAAAAAAUUUCUUGAUAUCUCAUAGUACAGUCAUGCCUCCCAAAAAACGAACCGGGGAUACUGACUCAAAUGGGAGUACUAAAAAGCGCAAACAAACUCAAGAAGAAUCUAAACCUUCAGAGCAUGCAGAAACUACACCUCCAGAGAAAUCGGCCUUGGAAGACCGAGAAGACAACGAAGCCGAUGCAGGUGCCGAGGCAGAAAAUGACAGUGGCGUAUCAUAUAAAAUUGAGGCUCCAAUGCUUGCUGGGGAACUACUCUUCUGUGGUGCAACUAAUUGGGAUCUUGUUGGUAGAAAAGCCCUCCCUAAAGGAAUGAAAAAUCUUGGUGGGCCUAAUCUCUGGAGCCCCAACAGAAUCUCAACAUUGAAGGGAAUUAAGAUAAGGACUGUGGUUUCUGGCUGCACCUCUGCACACUGCAUAGCUAUCACAAAUGAAGGAAAGGUCUAUGCAUGGGGUCGUAAUGAAAAGGGCCAGUUGGGUUUGGGAAAUGUUGAGCGACAAGACAUACCUCAACUAGUCACCUUUUUUGAAGGACGAAACAUUGUGGAUGCUGCAUGUGGCCGCAAACACACUCUUUUCUUGACAGAGAGGGGAAAGGUCUAUGCUUGUGGGGAGAAUAAGAUGGGACAGUUGGGUCUUGGAAACCAAAGUGAGCAGGUCUUAACUCCAGCACUUAUACGCUACAAGGGUCCACCUGUUAGAAGAGUGUCUUGCGGGGGAGAUUUUAGUGUCAUCUCUGAUAUAAAUGGCAAUGUUUACAGUUUUGGAUGUCCUGAAUAUGGUCAGCUUGGACAUAACAGUGAUGGCAAAUACUUUGUCAAGAGCAACAAAAUAGAAUUCCAGUGUGAGAAUGUGCCAAGGGUGAUCACUGUGUUUGUUGAGAAACAGAGAGAUGGGCAGGUGUCCCCUGUCACUGAUGUUGAUGUCAGGGAGAUUGCCUGCGGUGCUAAUCAUGUUCUAAUCACAGAUAGUAAAAAGAGGGUGUUUUCUUGGGGAUUUGGUGGCUAUGGUAGACUUGGUCACUCUGAUCCUAAAGAUGAAAUGGUUCCAAGACUGUUAAAAUAUUUUGAAGGUCCAAAUCGUGGUGCUCAGAUGAUUGCUGCUGGUUCUACGUACUCACUUGCUGUUAAUGAACAUGGUGCUCUAUUUUUCUGGGGUCAAACAAAAACUUCAGGAGAGGCCAAUAUGUAUCCUAAGCUGGUUCAAGACCUCUGUGGCUGGAAGAUCAGGAGCAUUGGGACUAGCAACAAGAGCAUAGUCCUGGCAGCUGAUGAAAGUGUUGUCAGUUGGGGUCCUUCACCAUGUUUCGGGGAGUUGGGAUAUGGAGAAGGUGGAAUAAAAUCAUCUACAGUUCCCAAAGAGAUGAAGCCAAUUGAAGGUAUUUAUGUACACCAUGUGUCCUGUGGGUUCUCACAUACAUUGCUGAUAGCCAGGUGUGACUCGGAGGAGGAGCAGAAAGCCAUUGAUAAGCUGCCUGUUUAUACUCCAGGCUCCUAGAGCUGGAUUAUCUAUAGUUAGCCUGCAAAGACUUUCUUUUUAGCCUCAUUGGUUAAGUAUACAUGCUAGCCAUAUGUUACAGGGAAGAUGGUUAAAAAUACCUGGGAAAUAUGUCAUAAUGAUUGAAUUGUUGUAGAAAAAAAAGUGUCAUUUUUUAAAGUGGAAAUUUUGCUGCUAACACGUUGAGACAGAAUUUAUAGUAAUCAUAUGUACAUACUGUUUUUUAUAUUUCUCACAGCCAUCUUUGAAAAUAAGAUUGUAAAUUAUGUUAAUAAUAGUGGUCUCAUUUUAUAAAAAGUAAUAGCUGUUAAUCUUGAUCUUUGAAUCAUACACUUUUUUGUUUUUUCUUUUAUGAAAUACACUGAGGGAAAAAAAAGUAGCUUCUAUUAUAAUUCAGAACUGUACUUAAAGUAAAGUAAAAUAAUUGCAAUUUCAGUUGUUGUUUUUUUUUUUUUACCUUUUAUUUAAUUAUUUGAAUCCUGGAGCAUUUUUAUCAUAGUUGUUAAAUAAUUCCUGAUACUGGAAUAAGAAAAUUUCAACUUGGUUGUUUUGUUUUAUUCCUCUGCGACAGAGUAUUGUUGUGCUGUUAAAUUAUUUCUGUAGAUGUGUGAAUCAUUUGAGAUGUAAUUGUUUGGUUGUAAUAGAAGUUAAUUGAUCUCAUUAAAAUUAUACACAAGUUUAUGUAAAUGGUGGUGUUUUUAAAAAAAUUACAAACGAAAUGUUGCAUAACUUCUUAAAAGCUACUAAAAUCUCAGAUUGUUUGCAUAAUACCCUUACUUAGCAGCUCUUAAUAUUGCAAUAAUUAAUUGAACAAACACAAUUUCUUUCUACUGUAAGAAAUUGUUGUAUCUGAAUAUAGUGUGCCAUUAGUUUAUGUAAAAGUUUGUUCCUGAUUUGUAUAAUUUUAGAACUGUUAUACAUGUUUUUGUUAGUGGUGGUAUACUGCAAGAUGUUAAAAUUGAUAUUGUUUACAAAUGGAUUUUGAAAUGUUUGAACAUACCAUAAAUAGUUUAUUUGUAUGAUUAUGAGUACAUAUUAUAUAAUUGGUAUAUUUUUGUCUGGUAUGGAGAUCAAUCAUAAACCUCUUUUUAAGCAUAAAUAAAAUUCUCGUUUAGUGCUAAGUAAUUUUAAAAUUUACUUAAUUUGCCUGUCUUUUAUUUGUUAGACUGCAGCAUCCAAGAACCACUCAGAGUUAAUGGCAUGUUUUGGGAUAAGCAAUCUCAAGCUUUGUGCAUUUUUUUUUUUUUGACUCAUGUCAUGAUUUACAUUUACUGACUAAAUCCAUUUUUUUAAGUCAGUUUGGUAGCUUUUUAAAAUUACCUGUUAGAUUGUCAGUAUUUUGAUUAUGAGAAAAGUACUCUAGUUUUACUGUAAUUUGUCUGUCAGGCUUUCUACAAAACUAGAUCUCUCAUAAAUUUUUUCAUAAAUCUAUUUAUAGGCAAUUUUUAGUGAUGUUGAUUUUGACCUGGCUGCCUUCAGUUUUUUGCUAAAUAUAAAAAGACCACUUUUUGUUACUUUACUUUUUAAAAAUUUCAUUUGUUACUUUUUAUUGUUUUUACUGUAACAAUUAUUGAUAGAAAGUCAUACUAUGUAUAAAGAAAACAUUUCUACUGCUCAUGUGUUGGUUUGUUACCUUUACAAGUGCAGUGCUUGCAUUUUUUAUCUGAAUCAUAUCAUGUGAUUAUUGUUUACUUCAUGCUUUUUUGAUGAGAGAUAAUACUAACUUGUGUUCAAAAUUUUAAAAGCUGUCGUAGCCUUAAAUGACACACACCAUGGCCUUUUGUUCUGUUGACAAGUGUUGGUUUCUACUUAGUCUGCUGGUUUGUUGGUGGGGAGGAAAAUUAUUUUGUUACACUUUUUUAAGCUUGUUAACUUCAUUUCUAUUGUUUUCAUGUUACUCAGCUUUGCUGGAGUUUGUCAGUAUUGUCUCUCAUUCAAGGUCAGAAGUUUUGACCUGGGGUCACUCUGCCCCUGGUGAAAACUUGUGCCCUUGUGUAAAAAGUGAUUUGAGGGCAGGCAGCAUUUCAUAUUUUGUUGAGUAUUUUAAAUAGAGUGUACAAAAAAAACAAACCCCACAGCCCUGAGUCAGCUGAAUGAUUGGGCUGGGUAUGCAAGGUUUUUACAGUGUUAUAUUUUCAAUGUACAUUUGUGCCCACAAGAUGGUAAUUGAUUACUGCACCACCUCAGCAUAUUGUCACAAGUCUAGUUUGCAGUCAUGUUCAUCCAUUAGCAUAGUCAUUUGUAUCAUAUGUCAUUUUUAUGUAUCAUUGUAUUUUCAUUAAUAAAAGUACAUAACUAUUUUUAAAAUA